UUAUUGUCACUUGUCUGGCGUCGCCUCCUUUUACCUUCAAACCAAACCCCAAGAAAGUGCAAAGAAACUCUACACACACACAAUCACACUGUGAAACAGCAGAAGCCCGGAAUCUGGGGGAGUCCCAAGAAUCAAAUAUCUUCUUCUCCAUCUCUAUCUCCAACAGUGGAGAGAGAAAGAGAGAAAGAGAGGAGAAGGUUGCAAUUCCACUUGGCGAGGUAUGCAGAUGAUGAUUUCUCUUGGAGGGAUGACAACAGUGGUGAAUAGCAGCAGCCUCCCUCUCAGAAUCAAGGAUCUCAAGCAUCAAUCUUUUUCUUCAGUUCCCAAGAUUUCUCAUUUUGGAAUUCCCACCUCAGUCUUCUCUUCAUCACCUCCCGGUCCCCACAUGUCAGGGGUUUGUAGAGCCAGUCAAGUGGCUGAAUUAUUUCCAACUAUAUCUCCUGAGAUUGUUGUUCGUGAGGCCAGGAUAGAGGACUGCUGGGAAGUCACUGAGACGCACUGCAGUUGCUUCUUUCCUGAAUAUUCUUUUCCUCUAGAUUUUGUCUUGAGAAUGGACAGGCUCGUUGGAAUGCUCUUUGGAUUCUCAAUACCAAAGGGCUGCCGAAGAACUUGCCUGGUUGCUGUAACUGGAAGUUCUGGUGAAGAUUCAUUCUUCGUGGGGAGUGAUAAUUUCAAAAUUGGAGGUUUGGAUGGAAAAUUUAGUCUAAAUAAAGGAUAUGUAGCUGGGAUUCUGACUGUAGAUACUGUAGCUGAUUUUCUUCCAAGAAAAGGACCUCUUCGACAAAGAAGGACAGGAAUUGCAUAUGUAUCAAAUGUAGCUGUUCGAGAAAGAUUCCGUCGAAAGGGAAUAGCAAAAAGACUAAUAGCCAAAGCGGAGGCGAAAGCUAAAACUUGGGGAUGCCGAUCAAUUGCAUUACAUUGUGACCUUAACAACCCAGGAGCCACGAAGUUAUACAUGAGCCAGGGCUUCAAAUGCAUUAAGGUGCCAGAAGGAGCAAACUGGCCUCAGCCAAGAACUUCUGCUGAUGUGCAGUUCAACUUCAUGAUGAAGCUCCUUUAAAUCCCUAACCAGGUACCUAUUGUUAAGGAAAGUAAAAGAUAUCAAAAUGACGCUUGAAUACUGUGUAAAUGAAAGUUGGAUUUCACUUGUACAUGUUGGGUUAUAGACAGGCUGCAGAUGUUAAAUUGUAAUUAUUCUGGCCGUGGUGUUGUACUUUUUGUAAUUAUGGUAGUCUUCUUUUUAUGGAUGUAAAGGUAGCCAGAUUUGUCAAGGAUUUGAAAUUCCUAUUCAUCUUCAAAAGCAUUGAGCGAGUAAAAA